AUGUCUCGCUCAGCGGAUCCAAUCUAUCGAUCGACACUGAAUACCUACCAGAACAUUAUGGAACAGUACAAUCCUGGAUUACAGAAUCUGGUGUUCCUUGGAACCAACUUUGUCCGAGUUUUUAGAAUGUUGGUCACGGCAGCUAACGAUUAUUUCACUGCCGUCGAGAAAUUUGGCGCACAGGCCUUACAGACUUCCACAUCGCAGACACUGGGUCAGGUGUUGUUACAGAUGACGGAUACUCAGAGGCAACUCAGCAAUGACCUGGAAGUAAUUUUUCGGAGGUUCAACGAUGAUCUCCUUCGGGAAAUGGACCGUAAUACACAGUUGGACAUGAAGUAUAUAAGUGAAAGCAAACAUCGAUUUGAAAUGGAACAUAGGAAACGGAUUGAGGUUCUGAGUGGGGCGAGUGCGGAGCUCCAGCGAUUGGACAGAAUGAGGAGUUCACAGACCAGGGACAUGCAGGAGAGGAUCUACAACCUGGAGUCCAGUCUGGAUUUAUUUCUCCGCAACAGUUACAAGCAGGCCUUGGCUGAGGAGAGACGUCGCUAUCGGUUUCUGGCUGAAAAACACUUCCACCUGUCGUUCCAGUUUCUCAGCUUUUACAACAAGGCUCGUGAAGUUCUCCACAGCAAAGUCCCAGGGUGGAGAGAACACACCAGCCCAGCAUCUUCUGGAAACUUCUCUGGCGGAGCGAGCCCACGGCCUUCUUCCAUGAGUGAUGAUAAUGUCUCGAGGUUUAGCUAUGUUCUCAGCCCUCAGUCAUCGAGUCAUGAAUUAAAUGGGGCAGAGCUGACCACGUAUCCACACUCUGACCACAGGCAACUUGAGGAAAGAAAUGCCUUACCAAGAGCAGGCUCUGAGGGGCGUCUGUCAAAGGCUGGCUCACUUGGAGAAAAGAUUAAUGCAAUGGUCAAUCCUCGUGUACAAGCCAUUGCCUCUCACUCCGCCGGCAGCAAUAAAACCAUGUUAAGUUUUGAAAGAGGGGAUAUUAUCGCCAUUUUGGUUCCUGAGGCGAGGAAUGGCUGGCUUUAUGGAAAAUUGGAAGGCACACCCAAACAGGGCUGGUUCCCAUGCUCAUUCGUUAGGCCUUUGGAAGAAGAGAUACGAAGACGAGAGCCUUCAACUAGGCCAUUUCCAAUGCGGAGCAGCCGGAGUGCCGAAGACCUCCUGGACCCGAAGGACUUUGUGUUGCCGCCUGCGGAUUACAAGAGCGGCCCAACAUCCUCUGUGCCCCCUGCACCACCUCUGCCAUCCAGUCCCUCCACAAGGAGCCAGAGUCCAGCUCCUCUGAUCCUGAGCAGCCGGAGGAACAGUGUGACCAGCCAGGCAGUGUCGGAGAGUGCCCAGAGCAGGAAAUUAAGUAGCUCCGACAGCCAGCCAGAGCUCUUCCCAAGGGGAACCAAUCCAUUUGCCACUGUCAAGCUGCGGCCUACUAUUACCAAUGACCGUUCGAGACCCUUUGUGCGAUAA